AUGGUGGAACAGGCUCGAAAGCUGGAGCAAAGCAAGGCCAGGGAGGCCAUUGCUGUCAGAGCCAAAGGUGGAUGUAAAUGCUUGAGGUUUUUAGUGAAUGUGGGAAUUGCUGAUGAGCUGUUGAGGCCACAGGUGAUCUUCAUUGCACCUGAAGAUCGUGGUAGUGCAGGAGAGAGUGUUUCCUUGCCUGUUCGGGUAGGGCGAGAUGCUUCCUUCAGUGGCACACCACCUGGCUAUGCCUAUGAUGCAGACCGUGCUGAAGAACAGAGGCGACAUCAUGAUAUGAUGCCCUAUAUUGAUGACUCACCAUCAUCCUCACCCCAUCUCAGUUCCAAGAGUCGGGGCAGCCGAGACACCCUAUCUUCAGGGUCUCUGGAAUCUACAAAAUCAAGUGAGCCAGACCUGGAGAAAGGCCUGGAGAUGAGAAAAUGGGUCCUGUCAGGCAUCCUAGCCAGUGAGGAAACCUACCUGAGCCACCUGGAGGCUCUGCUGCUGCCUAUGAAGCCUUUGAAAGCAGCUGCCACCACCUCUCAGCCUGUGCUGACUAGUCAGCAGAUUGAGACAAUAUUCUUCAAAGUGCCUGAGCUCUAUGAGAUCCACAAGGAAUUCUAUGAUGGGCUCUUUCCUCGAGUGCAGCAGUGGAGUCACCAGCAACGUGUAGGGGACCUCUUCCAAAAGCUGGCCAGCCAGCUGGGAGUGUACCGGGCCUUUGUGGAUAACUAUGAAGUUGCUAUGGAGACAGCAGAGAAAUGCUGCCAAGCCAAUGCUCAGUUUGCUGAAAUCUCUGAGAAUCUAAAGGCUAGAAGCACAAAGGAAUCUAAAGAUCAGACGACAAAAAAUUCCUUGGAAACUCUCUUAUACAAGCCAGUGGAUCGAGUGACUCGCAGCACACUUGUCCUGCAUGAUUUGCUCAAGCACACUCCAGUGAGCCACCCUGAUCAUCCACUCCUACAAGAUGCUCUGCGGAUCUCACAGAACUUCCUCUCCAGCAUCAAUGAGGAGAUCACUCCUCGUCGGCAGUCCAUGACUGUAAAGAAGGGGGAGCACCGGCAGCUGCUGAAGGACAGUUUCAUGGUGGAGCUGGUUGAGGGGGCUCGCAAGCUACGUCAUGUAUUUCUUUUUACUGAUCUGUUCCUGUGUGCCAAGCUCAAGAAGCAGAUUGGAGGAAAAAGCCAGCAAUAUGACUGCAAAUGGUACAUCCCACUCACUGACCUUAGUUUCCAAAUGGUGGAUGAGUCUGAGGCAGUGCCCAAUAUCCCACUGGUACCUGAUGAGGAACUGGAUGCCAUGAAGAUCAAGAUAUCGCAGAUAAAGAACGAUAUCCAGCGUGAAAAGAGGGCCAAUAAAGGCAGCAAGGUCAUUGAGAGGUUGAAAAAGAAGCUCUCAGAGCAGGAAUCCCUCCUCCUGCUGAUGUCUCCCAACAUGGCCUUCCGCGUACACAAUCGCAAUGGCAAGAGUUACACGUUUCUCAUUUCAUCGGACUAUGAAAGAGCAGAGUGGAGGGAGAACAUCCGGGAGCAGCAGAAGAAAUGCUUCAAAAGCUUCUCACUCACAUCAGUGGAGCUCCAGAUGCUGACAAACUCCUGCGUGAAGCUCCAGACAGUCCACAACAUUCCCCUCACUAUCAAUAAGGAAGAUGAUGAAUCCCCAGGUCUCUAUGGAUUCCUGAAUGUCAUUGUCCACUCUGCCACAGGAUUCAAGCAAAGUUCAAAUUUGUACUGCACAUUGGAGGUGGAUUCUUUUGGGUAUUUCGUGAACAAGGCUAAAACCAGAGUUUACAGGGACACCACGGAGCCCAACUGGAAUGAGGAGUUUGAGAUUGAGCUGGAAGGCUCACAAACUCUGCGGAUUCUGUGCUAUGAAAAGUGCUACAACAAAACCAAGCUCACCAAAGAGGAUGGAGAGAGCACAGAUCGCAUAAUGGGGAAAGGANUUUUUCAGCUGGACCCACAGGUGUUGCAGGACAAAGACUGGCAACGCACAGUCAUCUCAAUGAAUGGAGUUGAAGUGAAGCUGUCGGUGAAGUUUACCAGUCGGGAGUUUAGCCUGAAGAGGAUGCCGUCCCGCAAACAGACCGGGGUGUUUGGGGUCAAGAUCGCUAUUGUCACCAAGAGAGAGAGAUCGAAGGUGCCUUACAUAGUGCGCCAGUGCGUGGAGGAGAUAGAGCGGCGUGGGAUGGAGGAGGUGGGCAUCUACCGUGUCUCUGGGGUUGCAACCGAUAUCCAAGCUUUGAAAGCUGCCUUUGAUGUCAAUAACAAAGAUGUGUCGGUGAUGAUGAGCGAGAUGGAUGUCAAUGCCAUCGCGGGCACCUUGAAACUGUACUUCCGGGAACUGCCCGAACCCCUCUUUACAGACGAGCUGUACCCCAACUUUGCUGAGGGCAUCGCACUUUCAGAUCCUGUUGCAAAGGAAAGCUGUAUGUUGAACCUAUUGUUAUCGCUUCCAGAACCCAACCUUGUGACAUUCCUUUUCCUUUUGGACCAUUUAAAAAGGGUUGCUGAGAGAGAAAGCGUUAACAAGAUGUCCCUGCAUAAUCUUGCAACUGUCUUUGGACCAACGCUGCUCAGACCGUCGGAGAAGGACAGUAAAAUCCCUGCUAACCCCACCCAGCCUAUCACAAUGACUGAUAGUUGGUCACUAGAAGUCAUGUCCCAGGUUCAAGUUCUCCUGUACUUCCUGCAGCUAGAGACUAUCCCUACCCCAGACAGCAAGAGGCAAAGCAUUCUCUUUUCCACGGAGGUGUAG